AUGGUGAACCAUUUUGUUCAGGAAUUCAAGAGGAAGCACAAGAAGGAUAUUUCUGGCAACUCGAGGGCAUUGAGGAGGCUGAGAACGGCUUGUGAGCGUGCAAAGAGGACACUUUCCUCCACCGCACAAACCACCAUUGAGAUCGACUCUUUGUACGAAGGUGUCGAUUUUUACUCAACCAUCACCCGAGCCAGAUUCGAGGAGCUCAACAUGGAUCUCUUCCGAAAGUGCAUGGAGCCGGUCGAGAAGUGCUUGAGAGACGCCAAGAUGGAUAAAAGCUCGGUCCAUGAUGUUGUCCUUGUUGGUGGGUCGACCCGUAUCCCGAAAGUCCAACAGCUUCUCCAAGACUUCUUUAACGGGAAAGAGCUCUGCAAGAGCAUCAAUCCCGACGAAGCUGUUGCAUAUGGUGCUGCAGUUCAGGCUGCAAUUCUAAGCGGCGAAGGCAACGAGAAGGUCCAGGACCUUCUUCUUCUCGAUGUGACCCCUCUUUCCCUCGGCCUCGAGACAGCUGGUGGGGUCAUGACUGUGCUUAUCCCAAGGAACACCACCAUCCCAACUAAGAAAGAACAGGUUUUCUCGACCUACUCUGAUAACCAGCCGGGCGUGCUAAUCCAGGUGUACGAAGGCGAACGAACGAGAACCCGAGAUAACAACUUGCUUGGAAAAUUUGAACUCUCGGGUAUCUCGCCUGCUCCUAGAGGAGUCCCGCAGAUCACCGUAUGCUUCGAUAUAGACGCUAAUGGUAUUCUGAAUGUCUCGGCUGAGGAUAAAACGACUGGGCAGAAGAACAAGAUCACUAUUACGAAUGAUAAGGGGCGUUUGUCUAAGGAGGAAAUCGAGAAGAUGGUUCAGGAGGCAGAGAAGUACAAAUCGGAAGAUGAAGAGCACAAGAAGAAGGUUGAGGCCAAGAAUGCGCUUGAGAAUUAUGCGUACAACAUGAGGAACACGAUCAAGGAUGAGAAGAUUUCCUCGAAGCUGCCGGAGGCUGAUAAGAAGAAGAUUGAGGAUGCAAUCGAGACGGCUAUCCAGUGGCUGGAUGGGAACCAGCUGGCCGAGGCAGACGAGUUUGAGGACAAGAUGAAGGAGUUGGAGAGCAUUUGCAACCCGAUUAUUGCCAAGAUGUACCAGGGAGCGGGAGGUGAGGCCUCGCCCAUGGACGAUGAAGGCCCGGCUGGGCCCACCGGACGAAGCGGUGCUGGGCCCAAGAUUGAAGAGGUGGACUAA